AUGGGUAAUAGAUUAGUAAUUACAGUGGUAUUGAAUACUAGUGAAUCUGUUAUGUGUGUCAUUUGGAUGAUGUUCAUCACUGCUGAAUAUCACUUCUUAAAUAAUCCUUGUGUUUUAACCCCCAGUAUGUCAUCCUAUACAAUCAGUAAUCAUCGCCCUAACCGAAACAUUUCUGAAAAUCUUCAAAUUCAUACAAAUGAGUCUGAAGAUUUACCCUCCAUCUCCACAUUCUUACCAGUAUCAAAGCACCAAGCAUUUAAGCAAAAACUGAGUGGAUCAUAUUCUUUAACAAGACGUCAAUAUCAAACUUGUCCUCGUAAUACCGCCUACUGCAGUUCCACAAAGCAUAUCCGAGAACGCAACGGCUCUAAUUCGAAAUUACUGAAACAAACUUCAACCACCUGUCGAAAUAAAAGUAACAUGAAACUCAACUGCCUAAGAAGUAACAAACUGGAUAUAUUACCUAGUGAUGGCGGUAAUAACAACUGUGAUCUCAGAGCACUUCAUAACCCCAUUUUAUUUGAUUCAGACUUUCCUAAAAUCCAUGACAAUCCUAUAAUAAGUGGAAACAAAUCGCAGUUGAAUAAUCACCGCAAACGAAUUUAUGCAUACGGACCUAUAAAGUCGAAGAAAUGCCUACAAUAUUCACCAAAACGUGUUAAAAAACCAAGCACCAACAAUCUUACGGAUUUAAAGUUAGAAUUAUUCAAAAACCAAUUGUUUGAUUCAAAUUUACCGCCUACAUUUUCUAGCAUCAAUGAAGACAAAAAUAAUCUGAUGAAAAUAAUGCAAACAGAAGAUAUUUAUUCAGAUGAGAUCCCUUCAAAGCAGCACGAAAAUAGUAGUGGUGAUAACCUCUAUCACAAUAAGACAUCACAAGCAACCAGCGCUGCAUAUGAAGUUGGCGAAUUUUUCCAGUUAAACAGCUGUAUUGAUCCAAAAGACACUAAAAGUCAUAUGAUUGAUACUAAUUAUCACCAGGUAAAGUCAUCCUCAGAAGAAAGUCAAAAUUAUCAUCUGAAACAUUUACUGACAAAAAAGCUUGGUCAGUCCACAUCAGCUUUAUCUCCACUAUCUUCAUCAAUGAAAAAAACUCCUCAGUUUAGUGUUGAUUACGAGUUGUCUUUUCAACAAAUUAGCCAAUCAUUACAACAGAAUAUUAAAAAACAGUUGCACGGAUUACCCAAUUCAAUGUUCAAUAAUAAUGGUACAAUUAAUCCUUCUCAGUUGAGUUGUUUAAGUUCAUACUCUUCAAUGGGUUAUGACAAACCUUUGGAUUUACGAAAUCCAACACAUCUUGACUGUAAUACUUUAUCGCCCAGAAAGAAUCAAAGUACUCACAAUUAUAAUAAACUUUGUGAUGAGAAUCGAGUAGUUGAUGAAAAGUUUUCUUCAAUUAAAAGUAUUAAUUUAAAUGAGAUUUGGUCAGCUGUUCUCUUAUGGUUGCAUAGAAAACAAAAUGAACAUUCAAAAAUAAUUCAGGUACUUAAAUAG